AUGAAUCGUAGCAAAUUCUUGUUUGCUAACAAAUCGGUACAAUUUUGUGGUUUUGGAGUAUCAGCUAGUGGAGUAAGAGCAGGCAACUUCACACCAAACAUUGCAUUGGCUGCUGAUAAAUUCCGCACACUACUCAGCCCAAAGUACGAAUUUGUGUGGACACUUGAACACCAGUCAUCUUUCCAGACCGUGAAGCAGGCUCUAUCCACGACCCCAUUACUCACCCACUUUGAUCCGGCUCUACCGACUGUGCUGCAGACCGAUGCUUCCCGCCUCAAAGGAGUUGGUUACGCUCUCCAGCAGCAACAAGGUGAGAAGUGGAGGGUGAUCCAGUGUGGCUCCCGUUUUUUGAGUGAUGCAGAAGCACGAUACGCUGUUUUGGAACUUGAGCUAGUCACUGCAGUGUGGGCAAUGCCGUCUAAAGAAAAAACUGAACAGUUUACCUACAAGGCAAUAUGGCGUAAGAGUAUGGAUCAUGCCAUCCCUGACGCGCUGUCCCUUGCACCAGUUGACGACCCUUCACCAGCUGACCUUGUUGCAGAAGAUGACGUUACACACUAUAUCCGUAGUUGUGUGUUUGCCCGAGCAUUGGAAGUGUCAUCGCAGCCUCGCGGUUAUCUCAGAGGCCCACUCAUCGAUGACCUACGUAAGGUUGCUGCUGAGGAUGACACUUACCAAAAGCUCUAUGAUGCAGUAGCUUUGAGGUUUCCUAUGGUUAGGAAGACGGUACCUCCAGCCUUGUGGGAUUUUUUGGAAAUUAGGGACAACAUUUCCAUAGAUGAAGGACUAUUACUACACGGUGCCCGAAUUGUCAUCCCUGCUGCAGCCCGCCGUAAUGUUCUCUACCGACUCCAUGACUCCCACCGAGGUAUAGAAGCUACUAAACGCAGAGCCUGCCAGACAGUAUGGUGGCCUGACAUCACAAGUGACAUUCUGAACACUGUACAGUCAUGGCAGGCCUCCAGCACAGAUUCUACUUGGCCGUCCUUUACGUCCUUUACGGACGGCGAUGCCCGCACACAUACAGUACGUUCGUUUGCUCCGGAGUGGCAGGACGCAGCGGACGAGUGUGACGGUCACCACCUCACCCUCAAGCAGAAGUCUGAACAGUAUUACAACCGCUCCGCUCGGUCCCUCCCCCCUUCCCUCAGAGUUGGUGCUGCCGUAUGUAUCCAGGACCAUGUUUCGAAGCGCUGGGACAAAGUCGGGACUGUGGUUGGUGUUGGUCGUCACCGUGACUACCAUGUGAAACUGUUUAGUGGUCGCUUGUGUUGA